AUGGAUAAGGCAAAUGAUGUACAAAUAGAGGCAAAGGGGGAAGGCGUACUUGAAGAAGGCGAUGAAGUGAAAAAGAUACGAAAUAAGAGAAAUCGAGGUUCCACCACACAUCCUAUUGGCUUGUAUGCGGUGCAAUGCUAUGAGUGUGACCAAUGGCGUACAGUUCCAACUCAAGAAGAAUUUGAGAAAAUUCGUGAGAACUUCACAAAGGAUAAAUGGGUCUGCACCAAAAAACCAAACUGCUCUUGUAAGGAUCCUGCCGACAUUGAGUAUGACAGCAGCCGCAUCUGGGUCAUUGAUAGGCCCGGCAUUCCAAAGGCUCCGCCGGAGACUGAGAGGCAAGUGGUUUUGAGAAGUGAUUUAUCUAGAAUGGACACCUACUACAUCAUGCCAACAGGGAAACGCAUAAAAGGUGCGAGUGACUUGGACAAGUUUCUGGAGGCAAAUCCUCACUACAAAGGUCGCAUGUCUGCUUCAGACUUCAACUUUGCAACACCCAAGGUUGUUGAGGAGACUGUUUCUGCCUGGAAGGCUGCUAUGGCCAAGGAGCAGGAGAAGGCAUCAGGCCCUUCGAGAGGGCAGAAGUGA